UCAUCAAAGGAUUUGGUUAACUCAAUCAUUUGCAUCUCUAGAUUGAAAGCAACAUGCAGGGAGCUUAGAUUACUACGUGUUAUCGAUAUUUGCAUCAAUUAUUGUCUUUGCAUUGGGGACAUUGUAAACUAUUAUGGUAAUAUUGUAUUCAGAUGCUUGACUUCUCCACGCAUAAAUUAUUCAAAUAAGCUUUCUCUUGUUUUUUUUUCUACUGUGGGAGUACAAUGCUUUUCCUGUUCUACAUCCCAAAUACAUGCAUUAUUCCGAGCUGAAGCCAGCUGGUGGAGAGAGCCUAUUUACAAGCUACCGUUCCAUGUAGGAAUAGAAAGUGGACAUGAUAAGGCGUCUUGGUAUAACUCCAAAAGAAUUCACAGCGCUUUGUCCCCAGAUGUGAAUACUUUAGAGUUAGUAGGCUAAACAGAACACGUAUUUGAUGUGUUAUAGUCGACUGUGUGUGGAUCACCGCAUCUUUAGUGACAAAAAGUUGAGACGGUUGACAGUAAAACAAUAGUAGACAUUCUCUGCGCCUUGCGCAGCUUGGAACAGUUAGUACAGACGUGUAGCCAACAGUCCAGGUGAGCGUUUUGGAAAUGGAGCGAAACAAUGAAACCUUUUCUCUUUGGAAGUUUAUUCUUUUUCGUAUCGGCACUCGAUUAUAAAUGUAAUGGGAAUACAAACGGACAUAGCAAGCCAACCACGAGUGUCGAGAAACAUGGCUUGCGUUACCAUUUUCCAUGCGUAAUGGGCAAAUAACACCAGCUAGAAAGAAGCACAAUAUUUUACAGGGCCGUGGACAGCGGUAGUGAUGAUUUCAGCUGGUGGAGUGAUUACGGGUCACCUUGCUGCACUGAAGAGGCAGGACUCGGCCCGCUCCCAACACCACCUGCCCAUCCAGUCCCCAGUCCCAGGAGAGGCCCAGGAGAAGAGGAGGGCCAAGCGUAAACCCAGAGCUGACAUAGUGGUGGUCAGGGGAAAGAUCCGCCUCUACUCUGCCUCUGGGUUCUUCCUCAUCCUGGGUGUAUUGAUCCUGCUGAUGGGCAUCGCCAUGGCCGUGCUGGGCUACUGGCCACACAGAGAGGAUCUCGUAGCUGCCAACGCCAAGCUAUCCACCAACGACACCAGGGUGACCCGGGAGGAAAGCGGUACACUGGCCCAGUUCUUUGAGCAGCACCUGCACUCGGAGAAGAUGAAGAUGCUGGGCCCCUUCACCAUGGGUAUCGGUAUCUUCAUCUUCAUCUGUGCCAAUGCCAUCCUGCAUGAAAACAGGGACCGGGAGACCAAGGUGAUCCACAUGAGAGACAUGUACUCCACCGUCAUCGACAUCCACAGCCUGCGGAUCAAAGAGCACAAGUACAUGAAGGUGGCCUACUCCGGCUCUUAUGGGGAGCAUGAGGUCAGGACCUAUGAGAACCAGUGUGCCUCCAAGCUUGCUGCUAACACCCUGCUAGGGUUCCCCAGCAUGGGGAACAAUGUGAGGGUGUCUCGCAGGGCCAGCUCUACGGAGGACGAGGAGGGCCUUCUCAACGAGGCCAAAGGGGGGUAUGGUCUCCUGCCUUCACUCUACAGAGAGCGCUCUGGCUCCAUCUUUGGUCUGCAGCAUGAGGGCAGCCGCCACAGGGACGAAAAGAGCAGCUUCACCAAGAGAUGCCAGACCAGGUCAAUCGUCUCGUCCUCGAUCAGUGCUUUCACCCUGCCCGUUAUCAAACUCAACAACUGUGUGAUCGACGAGCCUGACAUGGACAACAUCACAGAGGACCUGGAACACAUUCGGGUUAGGUCCCGACCCCCCUCUGUGGAGUCCCUGGCUGUGCCUGCCCCGGCGGACAUUGCCAAAGCCUAUAAACCUCCCGACGUCAUGCUCCUCAGGAGUAACUCAGCCAAAGAGUCCCACUCCUUCUCGUCCUCUCAUAGCUCCCUGUCCCCAGGCUCUGCCAGUGGGAGGUACCUGUCCCCCGGGACUGCCCGCAAGGACUUCGGCUCCAACAACUCCCUCCACAUGCUGUCUUCUCACUCUAAGUCUCUGGACCUGGAUCGAAGGCCCACCACCCUAACAGUGAAGCCAGAGCAGAGGAAACAUCCCAGCUGGCCCCGGCUGGACCGCAGCAAUAGUAAAGGCUACAUGAAGCUGGAGAACAAGGAGGAUCCUAUGGACAGACUGCAGCUGCCCCAGGUAGCAGUCAAACAGGAUUACACCAAGAAAGAGAAACUGCUCAUGAUCUCCAGGUCUCACAAUAACCUCAGCUUUGAACACGAUAAACAGUUCAUGAGCAACACUAUGAAACGAGGGAGCUCUGAGACCAGGUUUUAAAUGGAACUCUUACAAAACCCGGUCUCAGACGUGUUUGCGCCGUCUUGCCAACUCCUAUGGUCAUUGCCACCUGAUGAGGACUAUAUGAGUUGGCAUGAAAGCACAAACACAUCUGGGUCCAGGCUAUAUGAAGCCCACUACUUGUGUGACAAAAUCAUUCUGCAAUACAAUUCUAGCUGUUCCCUGUCAGUGUUGCUUAGUAAAUUGUAAGUGUGAUCACAUGUUGUUUUGGGAUGGAGCUCUCAGGUAGUCCGUCUGUUUGCAGUCUAAAGAAAGAGUGGCUGUGUUACGUGUGUGAGAUGUUUGCAGCACAAAUCAAUUCAUAAAUGUUUUCAAAUUAGGUUUAAAGUGAACUUAGACGUACAGAAACCUACACCAUUAACUUGUGGUUUGUUUUUUUCUUGUCACAUUUCUAUAAUCUUUGUGUUGUUGCAACACGCUGUACUUUUUGUUCAAACCGGUCAGUGUACGUACAAGAGUUGUUUAGAUAUUUUGCUAUGGAGCUUUUAAUAAUGUAAUUGUUCUCAACACACACUGCUAUUUUUUUUAAGGAAAAAGGAGUCAAAUUGACAAUUGACACAUUUCUCAGAAUAAAAUGAAGCUUUUCAAUGA